AUGCGCUCCCUUGUACUCGUCGUGGCGUUGCUAUGCACUGUCGUCGCCGCCAGGAACAUUAAGAAAUCGAUUUUUGAAAGGCAAUUUCCAGACGAUCCAAGCCCAGUGUUGAUGUUACCUUUGAAUGCAAAUGACAAGAUGCGUGAUGUGACAGGUCGAGGUAAUAACGGGCAAGGUGGACCAAUCCCACCCAAACCACGCCCGAAAAGACCAGAAGACGAUGACGAGUUCUGCAGUUAUUACUACUUUGACGGCAACAAGGAUUCCUACAUUAGAAUACCUAAUAACGGUGCUUACGAUGCCAAAGAUAAAAUAACAAUAGCCAUGCACGUAAGACCGGGUGGACAGGCUGGGCCAUUACUUACUUUCGAUGAUGAAAAAGGCCAUACAGGUGUCAGAAUACGGGAUGAAAUGAGAGGGGAGAAGUCCAACGAGAUCGCUGAAUUCACACGAAGGGACAUGACCCCAACUCCUGAACUUGUAUAUGAACUUGACCAGAAUCAUUGGAAUUACAUAGCUGCUACCUACGACAAUAGUACGAGAAAGGCAAAGCUUUACAUAAAUGACACUUUGGUAGAUAGUAAAGAUAUUGGUGAUAUUGAAUUGGCAACGCAAUUCGGGACACGCGUGGGUCCGAUAGAUUCACAGCAAAACAAAUAUAGAGGUGAUAUUGCGUGUAUGCAAAUAUUUGAUAAGGCGUUGAGUAGAGAUCAGAUCCAUCGGAAUGGAAGACAUCCCAAGUGUCCAAGAUGUCCUCGUGACAUCCCAGCCUCUACAGAAGAGCCAAUCACAUCCAAUACUGCUGGGCCAAUCACACCCAAGCCUACUGAGCCAAUCACAACCAAGACUGCUGGGCCAUUCACAUCUAAUACUGAUGAGCCGAUCACAACACCAAAUGUUGCUGGCGAUCCGCAUAUGAGAACAUUCGACGGCCACCCGUACAGUUUCCAGGGUGUCUGCUGGUAUACUCUAGUCAAAGACUGCUCCAAGGCAAUGCCAGAAUUUGAAAUCACAGCUGAUUUUGUGCCCCGAGAUGAUCUAAGUGAUGUUACCAGGACGAGAGCACUUCGUAUCAAUGUGAACGUGAAUGGGGAGAAUGUUCUUGUUGACCGGGACAACGUGGUGACAACCAGUUACAACAUACAGCAUAUUAGCAUCAAUAAAGACGACCACCGAGUGGUAAUUAGCUUCACCUUACAUGACUCGGAAUUCAAGAUGGAAUGGGUCGGAAGAAAACACACCUUCCACAUAGACUUCACCGGUGAACACUACAAAGGAAAAGUGUGUGGUCUACUUGGCAACCACGAUGGCAACAGUUUGAAUGACUUCCAGAAACCAGAUGGGACUGUUACCCAUGAUGCCAACGAAUUCGGUGACAGUUGGAAGGUAGUUGGCAAAAAAUGUUGA